GUAUACCCAGCCUCUCGCAGCGCACCGGGCUUGUGCUGUGAGCGGCGCUGGCAGAGACAGAGACAGAGAGAGAGAGAGAGAGUCCACAGGAGAGACCGGCGACGAUGCCUGAGAUGCAGCAGCGCUCCGCGCUCCUCAUUCCGUCACAACCUCAGCAGCGGCGUCUGCCCGACACGUCUGCAUCGCACGCCUCGUCCUCCACCGCCGCGGACUCCGAUCCUCACCAGGCAAACUCGCUGCCGCCAUGGAUCCAUGUCAACGACGAGGCAGCGCCCUUCUUGGAGCCUGCGCCGAUACUGCCCAAUACCCGACACUACAAAGUCCCUCCGAAAUACCAGCCCGGGAGGAAGCUGGACGCCUAUCGGGAUGCAGAGCCCGGCCUACUGUCUGCCCCGAUAGCAGAUCACCAGGUGCGGUGGAUUCCGUUCAUGCAGUCGGGUCCAAACCCACGAGAGCAGCGUGAUCAACGCAUCGUACGGAGCGACUCGUGGAUGCGCGAGAAUGUGCCCAUAUUCAACCGGGCGUGGCAAGAGGAGGACGAAAUGAUGCCGGAAAGCAAAAGACACCGUGGCUUGCCAGGCCUUCUGUUUCGAGGGAAGUGGUUAAUCAGUCCGGAAAGACAGGAAAGAAGUGUACGACUCUUUUGGCGAUUGUUGCUUAAGAAUGCCUUCGUGCCUCUGGGGUUUCGCGUCUUCGUCCUCUCCUUUUCGUGCGCUGCAUUGGGGGUUGCAGGCACAAUUUUGAAGUCUGUGAACAGUGUCAAUCGGGACAACGACGCUUUCAACCAGUGCGCGCCACGCGCUUCUACAUAUAUGGGCAUCAUCGUGCCUGCCGUGGCCAUACCAUACAUUGGAUAUGUGACGUGGGACGAGUAUACCUCGAAACCACUCGGGCUUCGUUCUGUUGCCGCCAAAGUCCUCUUACUACUCUGCGAUCUCUACUUCAUUGUCUUUUCAGCAUCGAACCUCUCUCUGGCCUUCUCUGCUCUUUUCGAUGGUAGCUGGGCUUGUUUCGAGACAGGCCAAAUGCUUAUUGGCCAGCAAUACAUCGACAUUCCCAAGACGUGCCCGAAUAACCCCAACAUCUGCUAUAAGCAGAAAGCAUUGUCUGGAGUACUACUGAUUACGCUGUUGGCGUGGCUGUUAUGUUUUAGCGUAAGCGUGCUCAGGGUCGUGGAAAAGCUGCGACUGGAGUAUUAGAAGCACUCGCGCCGAGCACAUGGGGCGCAUGACUAUUUGAUGACUUGACGACCCGGCAUACUGGAGGAUCAGCGAUACCCUGAGCGGUUCUGGAGCGUGUGAUUUUUGUGUGCAUAUUGUUGCAACAGGGGCUUGUACAAAUGGGUGGACAGCAGCGUCUUACUGCAUUAUAGCUUCGAUGGCAUGACGCCUGUAUUCAUAUAUUCCUUAUAUAUAGCAUUCUUCAUGUGAAGCCCUUAUACUGGCUAAUGGUUCUGGUAGUCUGAUCAAACCAAAAGCUCUUUAAUCAUAAAAGUUCUCCGAAUCCAACGCAAAUUCUUUGAUGUGCAGGCGAACGCUCAUCAUUGGCCUGGAAGCUCCCUUGGUUCUAGCGCUGUCGUCGUAAGAGGUAGCGCGCAUGCUUCCCGCGUUUGGUAGAAAAAAAGAAGAAGCCAAAGGGAAAAGGAAAAAAAGAAAAAAGAGGCCUGUGAGGUUAAUUCCCACCAAAAACCCUGCCCGCUCACUCGCUCAAUGGUGCCCUCGCAAGGAUCCCAAGAGGAAGAAGAAGAAGAGGAAGAAGAGGAAGAAGAGGAAGAAGAGGACACAAUCACUCUCUCUCCCUCUCCCCUCUCUCUUAACACAACAAAGCAUCAUCGUAAUCAAUGCCAUCAAACAAGCCCAACACGACAUCCAACAUGGGCCCUCGCAAUUCCAGAGCAGAUUCCGAAUCACCAUCUUCUCCCCCAAACAUUCUCUUAUCCCGCGUGAUUGCCGAUUCUACUCCUCCUACUGUUGCAGAGUAAGAAGAGUAAGAGUCUUCCCGGAAUACGUGAUUGAGGAGAUGGAGGUCUCGAGGAUGUGGAUGUUCAUAAUGAUGCUCAUGAUGAUAGUGAUGAUGAUAGUUUUUUGGAAUGGUGGUGGUGGCGGUGGUGGUGCUCGAUGGCGCAAGACGGAUAGGUUUUGGUAGAGUUGCGUAAGUGUAUUCCGGGUAGUAGUUUGGGGGCGGCGAGGAGGAAAAUUCGCUGCUUGGAGGACUGAUUCCGCGGUUGUGGUAGUAGGAGCCGUAAUAGGCGGGAUAGGAUGAGGAGGAGGAGGAGGAGGAGGUUGUUCUUGUUGUGGUGGUAUUAAUAGUACUAGUAGUGGUAGGAUUCUGAUGUUGUGCCCUCCUCGACUUGUUUGAUCGGUGGCGAAUUCGUUUGCGGUUUUUGGGGGCCGUUAUGGUUUCGUAUGGUAUAUCGUGGUAUUUAGGCAGCAGUGGCAGAUCGAAGCGUGAGGGCGUCAUUACAGGAGUAGAGGUAGAGACUGUGCUGUUGUUGUUGUAGCAGUAGUAGUGGUACAUGUAGUGCAAGGAGAUGUGGUUUUUUGAUACUUCGACGCCGGGAACAGACGACGCCACGCCACGUAGAUAUAGAAUCUGAUCGAGUGUCGAACGACAUAUCAGAUGACUUGAGGAUAUGAGUCUAUGGCCGAGCUCGGGAUAUCGUGGUCGGAGCUCAUGUUGUCAUCGAGAAUCUUCUCUCGACCGU